ACUUUGGUUUUCCCGUGUUGUUUGAGUUCACGCUGUUUGAGAAUGUCUUCACAAACAGGACAAGGUUCCGUACAAGGUCAGAAUAGUGCUGUAGCUGCCUUGCAGACUUUUAGAGCACAAAACCCAAGGCCUGCUCAGCUGCAGCAACCUUCUGGGCAGUAUUGCUAUGGUCCACAAAAUGUCCCACCUCCUAAUUUCAGUACUCCUCCAACUACUGGUUAUUUACCCCCUAGGCCAGGCUUCAUUUCCUACCCCCCACCUACAACACCCCCUGCACCUGGCACAAUAAGUCAGUGUCUCCCCAGGCCUCCGUAUCCAUGUCAACAAGUCAGACAGAAUUAUACUGUACCUCCAUGCUUCCCCCCUGUUCCUCCACCUGUAACUGGCCCAAGUAACCCUCCACCAGCAGGACCAACAACUGGACCCAGCACUUAUCCUUACAUAAUGCCUCCUGCUAUGCCUCCCCCACCGAUCAUGCCUCCUCCACUGCCACAUAUGAACUAUCAGCCACCAUAUGGUACUGGAUACCCUCCCCAUGCUUUUCCUCCACCGCCACCUCCCACUCCUCCUCAAACAACCUACUUUAAUACCUAUCAACAGAGUACAGCCUCUUAUCAAGGGAGCAACCACUACAGGCAUACAAGUUAUGGGCAAUAUCAGACUGCAAAACCACCAAGUGAGCAGAGGAUACCAGAUAGAGGCAAACAUUAUGAGGAUCACCGACACAAAGAUUACAGUUACAGUGAAAGGCACAGGUCAGAAAAGCAUGCAGAUCGGCGAGAUAGAGGGAGAAGUCCUGAACGGCUUAGAAGAGACAGCAGUCGGCACAGCCGUAGAUCAGAAUAUGAAUACAGCAGAGCUCCAUCUCAUGGCAGGAAUCCAACUCGUCACCCAAGUUACGAUGAUCGAAACCGUUCAAGACAUAGACAUCGUGAAAGUCGAAGAUCGCCGACACCAGAGAGAAACUACAGGAAAAGACCAAAAAGCACAUCACCUAGUCGAGAAAGGAAGAGAGCACGACGAGAGGAGGGUAAGGAGACUUCUUCGGAGAGCCCAAGUUCUACAAAAGAGAAGACCGUUGCACCCAUAAAUGAGAAGGAUCUUUUGGAUGAGAACUUGUUAGAAAAAAAUGAAGAGGAAGAAGACGACUUACUUAAGCCUGUUUGGGUUCGCUGCACCCAUUCUGAAAGUUACUACUCUAGCGACCCAAUGGACCAAGUGGGAGAUUCAACAGUAGUUGGCACAAGCAAGCUUCGUGAUUUAUAUGACCGUUUUGAGGAAGAACUUGGAAAGCGCCAAUCAAGAGCUAAAGAAGCCAGACCAGCAUGGGAACCACCUAAGACCAAACUAGACGAACAUUUAGAGAUCUCCAGUGAUUCUGAUUGUGACACGGAUGACGACAGUAGCUGCAGUUCAGACUCAGAAGUUAUUGAUGUGAUCGCAGAAAUAAAAAGAAAAAAGGCUCACCCGGAUCGACUUCAUGAAGAACUUUGGUACAAUGAUCCUGGUCAGAUGAAUGAUGGCCCACUGUGUAAAUGCAGCGUUAAGGCUCGGAGGACAGGAAUCAGACACAGCAUUUACCCGGGGGAGGAGCCUAUAAAAGAAUGUCGUCCUAUGACCAAUAACUCAGGACUCCUUUACCACUACAGGAUAACGGUGUCCCCGCCAACAAAUUUCCUAACGGAUCGGCCUACAAUCAUUGAGUAUGAUGACCAUGAAUAUAUCUUUGAAGGUUUCUCUAUGUUUUCUCAUUCUCCAUUGAAAAAUAUUCCCUUGUGCAAAGUAAUCCGGUUUAACAUUGACUACACAAUUCAUUUCAUUGGCGAAAUGAUGCCCGAGAAUUUUUGUGUUAAAGGACUGGAGCUGUUUUCUUCCUAUCUGUUCAGGGACAUAUUAGAACUACAUGACUGGAAUCUUAUGGGUCCACCUGCAGAAAAUGGUAGCGCUGGCUGUCCUCAAUUUCAUUUUAUGCCUCGAUUUGUAAGAUUUUUGCCAGAUGGUGGAAAGGAAGUGCUCUCAAUGCACCAGGUUUUCUUAUACUUGCUUCAGAGUAACAAACCUUUAGUGCCAGAAGAAGAAAUUGCAAACAUGCUUCAAUGGGAAGAAUUAGAGUGGCAGAAAUAUGCAGAAGAGUGCAAGGGGAUGAUUGUCACCAACCCUGGCAUGAGACCAAGCUCAAUCCGAAUUGAUCAACUUGACCGGGAGCAGUUUAACCCAGAAGUUAUUACAUUUCCCAUCAUCGUCCAUUUUGGUAUAAGACCCGCGCAAUUAAGUUAUGCUGGAGACCCACAAUACCAGAAGCUUUGGAAAAGUUAUGUUAAACUGUGCCAUCUGCUGGCUAAUAGCCCUAAAGUCAGACAAGCGGACAAGCAAAAAUUGGCUCAAAGGGAGGAAGCCCUUCAAAAGAUCAGGCAGAAGAAUACAAUGAGACGUGAAGUAACUGUGGAGCUAAGUAGCCAGGGGUUUUGGAAAACUGGUAUUCGCUCUGAUGUCUGCCAGCAUGCAAUGAUGCUUCCAGUUCUGACCCACCAUAUCCGCUACCAUAAGUGCCUCAUGCAUUUUGACAAGAUAAUUGGAUAUGUGUUUAAAGAACGCAGUUUGCUGCAGCUUGCAAUGACUCAUCCAAGCCACCACUUAAAUUUCGGAAUGAAUCCUGACCACGCUCGAAAUUCUCUUUCUAAUUGUGGAAUAAGGCAGCCUAAAUAUGGAGAUAGAAAAAUUCAGUAUAUCCACCUGAGAAAAAGAGGAAUAAAUACAUUGAUAAAUAUAAUGUCACGCUUGGGAAACGACGACCCAGUGCCUUCAAGGAUUAAUCAUAAUGAACGUCUGGAAUUUUUAGGAGAUGCUGUUGUUGAAUUUUUAACAAGUGUCCACCUGUAUUACCUGUUUCCCACUCUAGAAGAAGGGGGAUUAGCUACAUACCGCACUGCUAUUGUUCAAAACCAACAUCUUGCUAUGCUGGCUAAGAAACUUGAACUGGAUUGUUACAUGCUAUAUGCCCACGGUCCUGACCUCUGUAGAGAAGCACAUUUGAGACAUGCCAUGGCAAAUUGUUUUGAGGCCCUUAUGGGUGCCAUAUAUUUGGAAGGCGGUCUUGACGAGGCAAAGAGUUUAUUUGGACGAUUGCUUUUUAGUAAUCAGGACCUACGGGACGUGUGGCUUAAUUAUCCACUACACCCACUUCAACUUCAGGAAUCUAAUACGGACAGACAGCUGAUUGAGACUUCCCCUGUCUUAAAGAAGCUGACAAAUUUUGAAGAAGCAAUUGGAGUAGACUUCACACACAUUCGCCUUCUGGCUCGAGCUUUUACCUUGAGAACAGUAGGAUUUAACCAUUUGACCUUAGGCCACAAUCAGAGGAUGGAAUUCCUGGGUGAUUCUAUAAUGCAGCUCGUAGCUACGGAAUAUUUAUUCCUACAUUUCCCUGAUCAUCAUGAGGGCCACUUAACGCUGCUGCGGAGUUCGCUUGUGAACAACAGGACACAGGCCAAGGUGGCAGAGGAACUAGGCAUGCAAGAAUUUGCCAUUACCAAUGAUAAAACAAAGAGAGCUGUUGCCCUCCGUACCAAGACAUUGGCUGACUUACUUGAAUCUUUUAUUGCCGCACUUUAUAUUGAUAAGGACUUGGAAUAUGUUCACACGUUUAUGAAUGUUUGCUUCUUUCCACGACUGAAGGAGUUCAUUUUAAAUCAGGAUUGGAAUGACCCAAAAUCACAGCUACAACAGUGCUGUCUGACUCUUCGGACAGAAGGAAAAGAACCGGAUAUACCUGUUUACAAAACCAUCCAAACUGUUGGACCAUCUCAUGCCAGAACUUAUACAGUUGCUGUCUAUUUCAAAGGUGAACGGAUAGGCUGUGGUAAAGGCCCUAGUAUUCAGCAAGCUGAAAUGGUAGCUGCAAAGGACGCCCUGGAUAAAUAUAACUUCCCACAGAUGGCUCAUCAGAAGCGCUUUAUCGAACGGAAAUACAGGAAGGAACUGAGAGAAAUGAGGUUGGAAAUGGAGCAGCUGGACGAGCCGGAAGAUGUGAAAAAAUGAAGCCUAUCAUUCUUCCAGUGUACAUGUAACUCACCUUGCCUGUGUACCUGUGCUCAUGCUGAGCCCGUGGAUCUAAAUACAAAAUAAUGGAUCUGUUAAUAUUUUUUUAUAUGUCAAUGUAUUAGUGUUUUAACACUUGUCCGUUUUAGUGAAUUUUAUCUGUGUUGUUUUUUUUUUUUUUAAAUUAUGUUUAAAAUGUGUGUAUAAAAUAUUUUAAUAUUUUGUAUACCUUUAUUUUAAUUAUCUGCUGUUAAGUUGUAAAAUGUAAUAAAUUAAAUAUAUCAAAUUUGAA